AUGGCCACAAAGGAUAAGAAGUCGUUUAAGAAGUAUGCCAAGAAGCAUUUGGCAACGGUGAUUGAAAACCGCCGUAAGGGCGUUAAAGCCAAGAAGGAAAAGCUGGAGCGCGUUGAGAAGAAGAAGCUGCGUGAGGCCAAAGAGACCCAACGUGAGGAGCGUGAGCACCAAGAGCAAUUAGAGCGCUUAAAGGACACGGACCCGGAGUUUUACUCCUACUUGGAGGAGGAGGACCCGACACUGUUGCAGUUUGGCGAGGAGGACAUGGAGGUCGUGAAUGACGACGAGGGAAGCGAUGCUGAGACGGAAGUGGACGAUGAAAAUGAAAGCAACAACAACGACGACGAGGAGGAGGGGGAGGGGGAGGGAGAUGGUGAUGGUGAUGGUGCGAAGAGUGGCAAGGAUUCCUCUGCAUCUCGCAUUACCCGUGACGAAGUUGAGCGCCUCGUCAAAGGGGGAAACAUCGAGGCAUGCGUCGAUGUUUUCGUCAGUGCCGUGCGCGAGUUGGGUUAUACGGUCAAGGAGCAUCCCAACACAAGUUCAACGCGCAAGUUUGAUGAUCCGUCGCUGGUGAAGGAGUCAAUGUUUCGCAUUGCACGCUUCAUCGGGUCAAACCUAAGUAAAUUUAUUACUGGAAAGGGUUCAUUUAAAUCCCACAAGACUCGUUUUUUGAUGCGACGACUGCUACUUUCUCUGGUGACUAGUGUUUCGGAAGGGGGAAACGUGGACGCCGUACUAACAGCGGGCCUGCUUCAUGCUCUUACGCCGUUUGUGCCGAUACUGCAUUACAUAAAAGGCAUUACUAAGUCUGUUCUGAAAGCGGCCCUUUUACUUUGCUCAGCCCCAGAGGAGCCGGUGCGUAUAGCGGCCUAUGUUGUUGUUCGCGCGGUUGCAACACGUGCCACAGGAACACGCACCAUGUAUCAGUCUACUGCCUUUAAGGGCAUCUUCCUUACUCUGGUAAAAACAGCCCAUCAUUACAACAUCCACAAUGCAUCAUUGAUAGCCUUUCUUAUAAACUGUGUCGUUGACUUGUAUGGUACAGACAUGGAGGCCGCAUACCAACACACUUUUGUCUACCUGCGUCAGUUGGCAAUUUACCUUCGUUCUGCACUACAGCAACAAACUCAGAGUAACGUCCGGGCCGUGGUGAACUGGCAGUACCUGAACGCACUACGUACGUGGGGUGCCGUCCUCUCAAAGUAUUCCGAGGCUGCACAGUUGGGCCCCCUCAUCCACCCGCUUGUGCAAAUUUCAGUUGGCUUAAUGGAUCUCUUCGCAUCUCCUCGCAUGUUUCCUAUGCAUCUGCAAAUCAUAGAGAUUCUCAACCAUGUUUCCCUUCGCGCUGACGGAGUCUUUAUUCCUGUGGCUCCGUACCUUUUGCGCAUACUGACUUCACCGAGUAUCGCCUUGAACCACAAUUUUCAAGGAAAAGGUGAGAAGGGCGAACAAAUAGACCUGCAGUUUACAAUACGUGUGAAAAAAUCACAGUCGCGUAGCGUAAGUUACCAUCGACAGGUCUGGUGUGAGUGUCUUUACCUCCUCACAGAGCACUUGGCAACGCAUAGCCACACGCUUGGGUUUCCAGAGGCUUUCUGGGUGGUGGAGACGACGCUUAAGCGGUUGCGCGGCGAGGUGAAGAUACCGAAGGUGCACUCUCAAUUGAGCACUCUUCUGCGGCACAUGCAAACAACUAGUCAACGCAUUAUCGCACGACGCGAUCAAGUAAGCAUCGGACCCUGCGACUUGGCAGCGGUAAAGCAGCUGGAGGAUGAAUUAAAAGCUGCCGGGAGCCCAUUGUCAACGUACCAUCAAGUGCUUCGCCAGCAGCGAGUGGAGUCCUUUGCGACGAAGCAGAAAAAUGCGAACGGUGGGGAACGUACGACGUUAGAGGCGUUUGUGAAUGGGGCGAGGGAGAAAAAAAGCCGUAAACGUACGUUAACUGACGUUGACGCCUAG